AUGUUGUUAGGUGAUCAGAAAAUGGUUCGUACUGCUAGCUGGUUAACGCUAGUGGGUGUGAUUUUAUUGGAAGUAUCAGUCGGCCGUUGUGUAGAGAUCGGAUUAGACGAGGACUUAACGAUAUCGGCUGACGGUAUAUUGAAUGCGCAGCUGAUGCCGAUUACCUACUUGAUGAUGGAUGGUGCGUGUGUGGUGGACGGCUGUGAGCAGGAUAAGGGUGCCGAAAGUCGUACAGAAUCGGACCUGACAGAGGAGUUGCCAUUGAACGAGCUUGUUAACGAUGCAAGCUACAGUAGUGCACUUUCCACACUGGAAUUUCAUCGCACCAUGAUCAAUCUGUAUCGCUGCAAGGGUUUCCUUGCCAAGCGCAUCAUCAACGUGUAUCCGUCGCAAUCGCAGCUAUUCAAGCGGAUGAGCUCGGCGAUGACUAACAGCAGCAGUGCUUCCCCGUUAGUGAUGAACGGACCGCAGGAUCCUACGGACGGUAUGCUGUACGAUCCUGGCUCGUCUGGAUACAAAGAGUGGCUCACCAAGACCUCAACACUGGACGACAUUUACGAAAACUUCCUCUCCACACGCAAGCUGGUGAAUGAUACGCUGAAUCGCAACCAUCUUCAUCACGCCACCAUACAUCGGGUGUCCGAAUCGUUUCAUCCCACUUCGAACCCACGACUAGCGCAGGAAGAGUACUUCGACGAAGGUAUCAUCACCGGGUACGCUAUGCAGCCGGAGCAAAUCGGCACCCUCCAGGGUGGUGCCUCCGCCAGCUACGAUCGUUACGGUGGUCAGUACGGUGGAGGUGGUGGCACACACGAUCUCCAACUAAGACAGUCCAAGUACCAGCGGGGUCUGCUGCAAGGCGAAGAAGCGGAUGGUUACGAAGCGUCUCGUGGCGAUUACGGUUACCACCAUCACCAUCACCACGCAGCACCGGUAGUUGAGUACGAAGAAAAAUCGAUCGACAAGAGUUUGAUCGGUUUGAAGGAUCUGUUCGAUAUAGCGCUAACAACGCUCGCGUACCUAUCGUUCGGGAUGUUCAUACUGCAGGUGAUCAUGUGCAUCACGAUGACGAAAAGUGAUUCGAGCAUGAUGAUACUGCCGACCACCUCGGAGGUCGAGGUGGAAGAGGAAGAGGGACGCCGAUUUGCCCGUGCCCUGCACGUCGAAGGGUCGGGUAGGGCGCGUGAACUGAACCAGUUGGCAAUGUAUGUGGUCGAUUCGAUCGAUACCAUCGCCAAGGGUGGACCGGAACGGCGGCGGGAUCUCUGCCUGCAGGCGUGUCUGUGCAAAGCGAACCGAUUUUCCCGCACGCUUACCAGCAUCCAUGGAUAUUGGAUCAGCGUUUGGAGCUUCGGCGUAUCCUGGCUAGCACGGUACAAGCAGCGGUCGAGUAACAUAUCUUCUUUCGCGUUAAAGUGCAUGAGUGCGGCUCUGAUAGGGCUUGGGAAUGGAAAGUGUACCGAACUGUAUCCUUGUGGUGGUGGGCAACCAGUCUGA